GUGCGCCCCAUAAUCCCCGAUGGAUCCGCCCAUAAACCGCGUUAUCUGCACAUUUUCGUAAUGUUUCACGGCCAUUUCGCAGACAACCGUUCAAUUGGAUUGGCCAUGGCGAGAAUAUUUAAGCAGAGGAGCUGAUGCGGCCACCCUGCUCGGCUUUUUGUAUCCUCACCUCGACAAAAAACAACCACCUAAGUGCCAUUGCACCAUCGAAAACUCAACUCGCACGACUCGAACGUUACGAAUCUGAGGAAAUGGCCUCACUGCUGUUUACAGCCCCUGACCUCAUACCAUCCUUCGACCCCUUCCUCGGCCGCCUCACUACCCGAACCGUCGAUCUUCAAGACGACCUCCUCCUCUGCUCCGAAAUCUCCAGCGCGGAGCUCAAGUCACCCCUGAUGGCUCACUCGCCUACUCCGAAGCCAGCGCCGUUCAUACUCUUAUCUCAUCGGUGGUUGCCGAGACCCGCGUAUGAGAGUUUCUCGUUGCCGAAAUCUGAUGCGGUGCCGGAUAUGGGUCAUCCGGUUUCCGAUACGUUUGUCGAUAUAGGCACAAGUUUGGAAGCGAACUCUGAAAACCCGUUCAACGUCACCGACUCCUCGCUGCUAAACUCGAAUCCCGCAUUCGCGGAGUACGUCUUCGAGAGCCUGCAAGCCACAAGCACCUCUUAUCGCUGCGGUAGCACCCAUUCCAUCGACAUCGGGUCAUCUCCAAUGUUCACCGACGAACAGCAAAUGCCCUACCUCAUGUCUCCCCUCGCGCAAUACCUCCCGCUUGCUGCGAUUCAGGUCCCUAUCACUUCUCCCACGCGUUGCGAUCACAAGCAAGCUACACCCGAGAUUACAUCUCCCAUCGUCGACGAUUCGGUUGUCCGAAGCCUCGUGUUUGCCGACACCGAGACGUCGAUGGCUGACUCGGACUCGGAGUCAAUGUCGGAGGUACCACCCCAAGCCCUUCGUUCGUCAACCCCUGUCGAGGAAUGCAUCCUCUGCGGCAACGAAUGCGAUUGCGACCCAGAGCCACUCGCGCAGCCCGUCCCUUCCAAGCAAGUCAGACACACACCAACACCGGUCGCGCCCACCGACGACGGUGAUACCCAGCCGUUCGUCGCGAUGGACGCCCGCGAUGCGUCGUGGGAUGGUCUUUUCAACGACCAAGCUCUCUCGUCGCCACGUGCUUCGCCAGUGGCUUCCAUGGCGUCGUUUCAGAGUGGCAAGACUUUUGGCAAGUCCACGUCGCUUGCGCCGGUUGCGCCGGUUGCGACAGACGCGUCCGGUGACGAUGUCGAUGACGAAGAAGCCGAGGGGAUGAUCGCUUGCGAGGUUGCCAGCACUCCCAGUUUCGAGACCGAAGUCAAGACCGUCCCGGCUUCUACCAUUAAAGUCGAACCUCCUCUCAAGAGACCCGAAGUACAAGACGACUCGGACGACCAAGAUUCCGAUUCCGAGGAGUACAAUGUGAAAGAGGAACAAGACUCCGAUUCCGACGAAUGGUUCGCCGGUCCAACAUCCCGUCGUCGUCGAAAUUCAUCUACGCGCACCGCAGCUACGAAGCGCACAUCCUCCUCCACCCCACGUACAAAGUCCACCGCAACCACCCCCAAAUCUUCUCGCACGUCGAAAGGCACAUCAGCCCGUCCGCACGUCUGCCCCAAGUGCCCGCGCUCCUUCGCCCGCCGCUUCAACCUCACAAUCCACAUGGCGACGCACGAUCCAGCCCGCGAAAAGAUGCACAAGUGCACGAUGGCUGGCUGCGACUCGGCGUUUUGGCGGUUGCCUGAUCUCAAGCGGCAUUUGAGGUUGGUGCCGCAUGCGGGGAUGAAGAGGAAAGCGGUGGACGAGAGCGAGAGUGAGGUGAAGGACACGUCGGAGGUCGCCACGAAACGUCCUUCACGCAGGCGAUGGGAGGCGGAUACCCAAAAGCAGGCGGAUACCCCUCCCGCGCCAAAGGCUCACCCGGUUCGCAAGUCGGCGCAACACUUUUUGAACCCGCUCAAGCGUCUCAAGACAGCGCAGCAACCUACUCCGCCGUUGACGCCGUCGACGAGGGCGCACAAGGUUGCUAUGCCUGAGGGAUGACUUGCGGGCGAUGCGAACACGACCUAUCACAAUGCCUUCUCGUAUCGCCUUUCAUUCCUUCAAGCGCUUGUCUCAUGAAGAUCUUCACUCGUUUCUCUGCUUCUCAUCAAAAAUCAACAACACUAUCACGAAGCACACGCACAUUCCGUCCCGUUUCCGUAGCAUCGCCCCUCGUCUUUCACGCC